AUGGUGUUCUGGUUGUUAGCGGUGCUUUUAGUAGCUGUAAUUUACUAUGUGAAUCAGUAUUACUUAAACUAUUGGAAACGGUUGGGUGUGCCACAACACGAUGCGCCAACAUUUUUGUUCGGCGACAUAGCCAAUCAAUUUUUCGGAAGUAAAAUCUCCAUCGGAGAGACGUUCAACGAUUUCUACAAUCGAUUCAAGCACAACAAAAUCCAUGGAUUGUACUUUUCGUACCGACCGUCGCUAAUUGUAAAUGACCCUGAGGUCGUUCAGGAAGUGAUGAUUAAGGACUUUACGAGCUUCCAUGAUCGUGGACUAUUCGUCGACACAGAAAUUGAUCCUCUAGGUGCACAUCUUGUCUUGUUAGGUGGACAGAAAUGGAGAGACCUGAGAGGGAAAUUGUCGCCAAUCUUCACAUCUGGCAAGUUGAAGGGCAUGUAUCCCAUCAUCAGAGAUUGUGCAAAGACAUUGCAAGAUUAUUUGGUGAAUAAAACGGAGAAUACAAAACAAUUUGAAUUCGAGUCGAGGGACCUGUUUGCACGGUUCACAACCAACGUUAUUUCGUCGGUAGCUUUCGGAAUUGAAAACGAUUGCAUCAAUGAUCGCGAAAACAUUUUUGGUCUUGCAGCCAUUUUGCGGAAAUUCAGAUAUGAACUUGUCGAUCGAAGUAUGAUGCAUACAGAAAUGAAAUUCGAUCCGGAUCAAUUCAUAUUGGCACCAAAGACAAGUGUGGUGCUACGUGCAACUGCUAGAUAA